AUGGAUAGUCACUUUGACACCGAAAAGUUUAUAAUAGAAAUUGAAAAUCGUCCAGCAAUAUGGAACUCGGCCUGCAGCGAGUAUUCAAUUCGCGAUGUAAAAAGAAAAUGUUGGGAAGAAUUGACUGAUAUAUUUUCCAAUGAAGAUAAUACAGUCCAAGAGAAAAAAGAAAUUGGAAUAAAUUUACAACGAAAAUGGAAAAGUCUACGUGAUUGUUUUUCUAGAGAGUUGGCCAGAGUUAAAAAACUUAAAUCUGGGUCUGAAACUUCUAGAAAAAAUCCUUAUGUCUACUACAAUCAGUUAUUGUUCUUAUUACCUAUUAUUCAAAAUAAACCUACCGAAACAAAUAUAACAGCAGAUGGUGAUGAAAGUGGAGAUGAUUUAGGCGGUUCUUUUAAUAGAAAUGUAUUGAAUAAUGAACCUAGUUCUAAGAAAAAAAAGGCUAAUCCAAGAACUUCAGUUGAAAACGAAAUAAUUAGUGCAUUACACAAGAGUGUUGAACUUCGUGAAGAACAAGCAAAACACUGCGAGGAAGACGCUGAUAGAUUGUUUUUGUUGUCUUUAUUAAAGGAUUUGAAACAAAUACCCGAGCCUUUACGUUUUUCAGUUAAAAUGGAUUUAAUGAAAGUAAUAAAUAAUGCUCAAAUGAAUACGUAUCCAGCUUCUCUAAAUUUGUCUCAUCCUCAACGACCUCAACAAUAUAAUCUCAGCAGUCAAAAUGUAAUGUCUCAUCCUCAACAGUAUAAUUUCAGCGGUCAAAAUGUUAUAUCUUCUCCUCAGCAAUUUAAUCUCAGCGGUCAAAAUGUAAUAUCUUCUCCUCAGCAAUAUAAUCUCAGCAGUCAAAAUAUAAUGUCUCACAUUAAUCAAGAUCCAUGUACAAGUCGUUCUAUACAUCAAACAAACCAACUAUAUUCAGAUCCAAAUUAUCAAAGAGUUUUACAAAAUCAGUUCAAUAGUCAAAUAAGACCUUCAUCUGCAACACAGCAUAAUUCAAGUACUUCAACUCCACUGGCUUCACCAAACUACAAUUCAACUGAAAAUUCUACAGACUCAUAUAUUGAGACAGAUUUAUUCAACCCAAACUUAACCAAAUAG